CUGUGUCGGAAACUGAUUUAACAAUUGCACCGAAAAUAGUGAUUAGAAUUUGAAGUGUAUAAUAAUUCAAUCAGAAAAAAUUUUUGAAACUUUCAAAAUGGAAGAAAAAGGUUCUUAUAAAUCGUAUGAAGGGCGUGUAAUUUUAUGUGAAAAUCAACAAUGGAUGCUAGAUAAAGUAUUAAUGAAAAUCAUUAUCGAUUUAUUCAACAAUAAUUUUGAAAAUAUUCCAAAUAUAAGAAUGUCCACGUCGACAUCAAUAAAUAUUCCAUACCGAGCACCUUUCAAACAAAAUAAACGUUUUCCAGAAACUGGAAAAUAUGCACGAAUUGGUGUUGGUUCGGUUUGGUUUACUUUAUUUAGUGUUCUCAUUAAAAUUAAAAAAGAAGUUUCGAAUUCAUUAUUUCAACGUGAAAUUGAGAUGCCAAAGAUGAUUAUUGGGGAAAUGAUGGAAAAAUUUUAUGAAGAGGAAGACAUGUUUAAUCGUGAAUCGUUUGAGAAAACUAUGAAUAUUCAAUGGAAUAAUGCUGACACUUCGAAAACAUCAUAAUUUUAUAAUCUUUUUUACAGUGGAAUCGAAGAAUUUGGGAAAAAAGUACUCCGGAUUUUUCUUGCCACUUAUCGAUUAAUUAUCACGAAGAAUUUCUAAAUUUAUUGAAUGAUAAUAAGAAAAAAUAAUUUACUUAAUUUUUGAAAACUAAAAUAUUUUUGGGAAGUUUAUUUAGUUCAGUUCCAUGCAAUUUAAUAAUUAAUUAUCCACUAUG